GAGGCGGACAGCUCUGGGUCCCGCAGCUCCCCACCCCUCCACUGCCUGACCUUUGAGCCGCCCAGCAGCCACCCGCCCGCCUCCCAACACCCUCGCCGGAGAAGGAAGGGCUGGCGGCGGCCGAGCUAAGCCCGCUCCGGCUGGCCUCCCACCAGGGCGGCAGGAAGGGCACCGACCGCACCGUCCUCCGACCACCGCGACCUGCACGGAGACACCAGUAGAUCCCCCAUGACCAUGUGUUCCAUUAAGAUUGAGUGUGUCCUGCCAGAGAACUGCCGGUGCGGGGAGUCUCCAGUGUGGGAGGAAGCGACCAACUCUCUGCUCUUCGUAGAUAUUCCUUCAAAGAAGGUUUGCCGGUGGGAUUCGCUCAGCAAGCAAGUUCAUCGAGUGACUGUGGACGCCCCAGUCAGCUCCGUGGCCCUCCGCCAGUUGGGAGGCUAUGUCGCCACCGUUGGAACAAAGUUUUGUGCUUUGGACUGGGAAGAUCAGUCAGCCAUUGUCCUGGCCACCAUAGAUCAAGACAAGAAAAACAAUCGAUUCAAUGAUGGGAAGGUGGAUCCCGCUGGGAGAUACUUUGCUGGCACCAUGGCUGAAGAAACAGCCCCAGGAGUUCUGGAGCGGCAUCAAGGGUCCCUGUACUGCCUCUUUCCUGACCACCAUGUGGAAAAGUACUUUGACCAGGUGGACAUCUCCAAUGGCUUGGAUUGGUCCCUGGACCACAAAAUCUUCUAUUACAUAGACAGCCUGUCCUACUCCGUGGAUGCUUUCGACUAUGACUUGCACACAGGAAAGAUCUCCAACCGCAGAAGUGUUUACAAGCUGGAGAAAGACGAACAAAUCCCAGAUGGAAUGUGUAUCGAUGCCGAGGGGAAGCUCUGGGUGGCCUGUUACAAUGGAGGAAGAGUGAUUCGUUUAGAUCCUGAGACAGGGAAAAGACUCCAAACUGUGAAGUUGCCUGUGGAUAAAACCACCUCCUGUUGCUUUGGAGGGAAGGAUUACUCUGAAAUGUACGUGACCUGUGCCCGGGAUGGAAUAGGCCCUGAGGAUCUUUUGCGGCAACCUGAAGCGGGUGGAAUUUUCAAGAUAACUGGCCUGGGGGUCAAAGGAAUUCCUCCCUAUCCUUUUGUAGGCUGACAGGCCUUCUUUCCUACUGGGGGAAACUUUGCAGACAGCUAGAAAAUGCUGGAGCUGAAAUUUCUAUCUAGUUACCAAAACCUGAAGCAAUGAUGUUAUAACAGAAUUACAUUUUUAUUUACUCUUUUUUAAAUGUAGAGAUUGUUAACAAGGAGUGGCAGGUGGGUUUGAUAACAUACUAUAAGGCCUUCUGCAAAGGUACUACAAAAAUGUCAAGAAUUGUUCAACUGUCAACCAGCCUCUUGAUUCUUUACAAAUUGCUGGUGGACAGGGGCAGAGGGAAGAGACUAUACCUGUUCUCUAUUCUGCAGUUCAUACUUACUAUGCCUAAAGCUUCAAACUACUAAAUAGCAAUCUGCUAAAGAUCUACUACAAUUAUGUUCCUUUUUAUUUUCAUCAUAAUCUUAUAAAAUGUGCUGCAAUGGGAACCUACCUUCAUCUUACUCUUCCUAUAUAUUAUUUUAAAAAUUAAAUAAUGCUAGAGGAUGUGAAUUAAACACUUUGGCAACCUCCAUGGUUCCAACUGCCACCUCGUAGAUAUAAAAGUAAUAUAUUACUUUGGAAAGAAUAUUUUAAAAUAGCUUUAUUGAGUUAUAAUUGACCUAUACAUACUUAAAGUACACAAUUUGAUAAGUUUGUUCCCACAAGCAAGAUAAUGAAUCUAUCCACUACCCCCAAGACUUUCCCUGUAUCCCUUUGUUAUCUUUUCCUUUGGUUCCUCUGUAUGCCUGCUCCCAUCCCAAAGAAAUCACUGAUCUGAUCUAUGUCACUAUACGUUAGCCUUAAAAUUUCUUUUAUUUGUUCUUUUUAAAAAUAUAUAUUUUAUUGAUUUUUUACAGAGAGGAAGGGAGAGAGAUAGAGAGUUAGAA